UGCGCGGGCCGCGACGUCCCCACGGUAACCGGGCCGGGUCCGUGAUGGCGGCGCGCUGAGCGCGGCUCCCCCCCCCGCCGCCUCAGCGCUCAUGGCUUCCUCGGUGGGCCCCGUGCAGGUGAAGCUGGAGCUGGGCCACCGCGCGACAGCACGACGCCGGCCCACGCCCGAAGGCUUCACGCACGACUGGUGCGUGUCCGUCCGCGGGCCCGACGGCGCCGCCAUCAACCACUUUGUGGAGAAGGUUGUGUUCCACCUGCACGAGAGCUUCGCCAAACCCAAGCGAGUGUGCCGGGAACCCCCUUACAAGGUGGAAGAAUCGGGCUACGCUGGCUUCAUACUUCCCAUCGAAGUCUACUUCAAGAACAAGGAGGAACCGCGAAAGGUCAAGUUUGACUAUGACCUCUUCCUGCACCUGGAGGGGCAGCCACCCGUGAAUCACCUGCGCUGCGAGAAGCUCACCUUCAGCAACCCACCCAGUGACUUCCGCAGGCGACUGCUCAAGGCUGGCGGGAUGAUGGUGUCACCUGACGGCAUGGCAGUGCUCUCUGCACCUCCCGAGGUGCCGUCAUCCAGCCACCUGGAGCACAGGAAGCCUACCGCCUCGCUGCAUGUUAAGGAUUUCAGCAAGCCGAUCGCUUCCCUGAAACCGCCCAAGCCCUUCAAGGGCCACAAGGAGAAGCCAUCGGAGAGCAAGGACUACAAAGCGCCAGCCUCCAGCGAUGGCCCCUCCAGGGAGAGCAUCAAGAAGGCGGCUGCCUCCAGGGUGCACAAGCCCCGGGACGAGCCGCAGCCGCCACCCCCAGCCACUCCGCUACCCAAGGCCCCCUCCAAGGAGCCCAAGGCCUUGUCUAAGAGGGACCGGUCGGACGCCGGCGAAGUGGCGGAACCAGCGCCCGUCGCCGCGGAGAGCCGCGAGCCAAAGCCGGCGCCAAAGCGCUCGCGCGCGAGCCUCGACGACAAACUGGACGCGAAGAGAGCGAAGAAGCCGCCCUCGGACGUGUCGUCCAGGCAGUGGGCAUCAGUCUCGUCCUCAUCCUCUUCUUCCUCGUCGUCGUCAUCUUCCUCCGCUUCGUCUGCCUCCGCUGUUACUGUCCCAGCUGUUACCGCCUCCGCCGCCGCUGCGGAGAAGGCGGUGCCCAAGGAGAGGCCCUCGAAGGGUGGAGACAUAGAUGGCGUGCGGGCGAAGGGUAAGAUGACGGCGGCGGCACCGGCAGCACCGGCGGCCGUACCCGUGGCAGUCCCGGUGGCAGUACCGGUAGCCGUAGCGCCGGUUCCCACCGAGGAGCGAGCGCGGGACAAGACGUGGCGCAAGAAACACGAGGAUGUGGGCCCGGCCAGCAAACCGCACGGCAAAUCGCACAGCAGGCUCAGAGACAAGACGGUGCCGGCAGACAGGGAGCCGCCCGUGGAGCGGAUAUCCAAGGCCAAGGACAAACUGAAUUCCACUGCCGCCGCCGCCACCACCACGACCACCGCCGCAGCCAUCUCUGACCGACAGCAACCAGACAGAGGCGUUCCCAAGGACAGAGAUGGCAGGGUGGAGGUGACGCCAACCACCAAGGCUCAUAGGAAGGCGGACAAGGAGGUGGUGGUGACGGAGAGGAAGGUGGCGCCGCCUGUGGUGCCGCCGCCAGUGGUGCCGCUGCCGGCACUGUCGCCGCCAGGCGACGUGCUGGACCCAGGAGACUCGGACGACGAGCUGUCGCUAGCGACCGACGAAAGGCCUGCGAGCGUAGCAAGUGGCACGUCCUCCAUAUCGCAUGGAGCUGCUCCUGAGCCAGCCCAGUCGGAGCGUUCGUUUCCGGAGCCGCUCAGCGUCAGCCCCAGCGAGGACGAACAGGAGCCGCCCUCCGCGCCUAAAAGUUCCAGGUCCAGCGAGCUCAGCGACAGCGAGCACAGCUCGGAUGCAUCGCCCGCACCGCCUAUCCUCCGCCAUGCCAACAAGGCCUACAUGGAGGAGCUGGUUCGGCUACACCGCAGGCUCAUGAUGCUGCGCGAGAGGAGCACCCUGCAGCAGGUGGUGAAUCUCAUCGAAGAGACGGGACACUUCCAGGUGACGAGCACCACCUUCGACUUCGACCUCUUCUCCCUCGACCAGGCCAUCGUGCGCAAGCUGCAGAGCUACUUGGGUCCCACCGAGGCCGUGUGACCCUCGACCCUCCCCCCCCAUUACUCCAGCCCCCACCCUGACCCUCCCGCUCCCUCGCCCGCGUGAGGCCGCCCCGCGUGGUCACCGUUGCCUCUGUUCCACUGGGCAACUGAGCCAGCCCUGUCCAUGGCUCAUGAGGCACCAGGUCAUUUUUCCACUGCAGAAUCCGAGCGGCGCAUCUUGCGUCGCGUACAACGAGCGAGUCGAGACACGCUUUGUAAAUGCCGCCGUGACCUCGCAGCGUGUACCGGCUCACCUAACGCUGAACCUGGCCCUGCUUGGCCACCCCCCGAGCCUGAUCCAGAUGUCCUGAGGCUAGCGUAUCCCAGUUCGCCCAUGGCUUGGUGCGCCAAACUGCCGGUGGAAACCCUUCCCGUACCGUGGCUCGGCUCGGAUGUGCCGCUGGAAAUUGGGGUACAAAUUGCCACUCUUGGUUCCGGUUUUAGAAACGAGAUACAAUUCUGCCUUUGGCUCUUGGGGUCUGAAAUGGCGCGCGCAGGCGGUUUAAUGAAACACUUGCAAUGCUGGCGGGAGUUACUUCGUCGAAGCUGCUGCCACCAGAUGGCAGCAUGGGAGAGAGAGCGAGCGUUAGGAUUUUAAGAAUGCUACGAAGAAGCUAGGGUGGAGCUGUGCACACGGAUACACUUCCACCGAUGACCAAAUCGAUGUCAGGGUUGAGCCUGGAUCGUGCUUGGGCGGGUGACCACCAUGCACAACGGGUUCUUGUAGGCAUCUGCGUGGCGGCCCGACAUAACGGUCAGCGCAGGGCAGUGCGGCAAAAUGCGUCGAACCGUGCUUUCGUGCUCUCGCCUCUACGCGCACUCCCUUCUGCAACCGACGCUGGAUCAGCGUCGUGAAGUGUGGCCAAAUUGCCCUCAAGAUCCGCACAACAACCGGCUGUUACACGCUGCUUCUCAUGCUACCAUCUGGUAGCAGAAGCUCUGGUGAAGUGACUUCUGCCAGCAUGUUGGUAAUCGUGUGGAUUUUUCUCUUUGUCUCCUCUCCGGUUUUUCCCUCCAGAUUUACCAACGUGAGUUUAGAAUAUUUGGCUGCUAUAAAUUCCCACGUGAUGACCAGCCACUUGGUUGAGCUAUCAUUUGUGGCCAGGUCGCUUCUGAAAAAUAGCUAUACAGCUCAGUGGGCCUUACCUGGUAACGUGAUAAAUUGUUUAGGUGAGUUAAUAGCGGUCGCCUUCCAAAUUGCCGGGUCGCGCCCGCACGGGCCACCUGCGUGCGGGACAAGGUGAAGCGACGAGUUUAAUUUGCCGUGUUGGCAGAAGCUGCUCCGGUGAAGUAACUACCGCCAGCAUUGCAAUGUUCACAGCGAGCGCCCCUCCGCCUUUCCAGUCGCCGGAUCGCCUGCAACGCGUCACCUCCGUGCGGACAAGGUGAUGGGGUGAAAAAAAAUAUUUUAUUUUCCUCUUCAAAAGCAGAGCCGCGAGUGGCAGCCGGGCGGUGAGACGAGCCCCCACGGGCUCGGGAGCUCUUAUUUAUUUUGUUUCGUUUUUGUUUUUUUUGUCAACGCCGUUUGUAGCCGUGUGCGUGCGGUUUGCACAGCCCGUGUCUGCAUGCGGGGGGCGAGGGGGGCGACGUGUUCGUCAGCUCGACCCUCGAUCACCCCCACCUACCCCCCCACCUACCCCCCCCCCCCGGGUUAAAGUAAAGCGGGCCGCGUUUAUUUUCUGACGCGCGUGUCGGGCGGUGGGGUUAUUUUGAUUUCAGCUGUAGCCGUGUUGUGUUUUCGCCGUUAAAAGAGAAAACUGAAGUGAAUCGUGUAGACUUAUUAAAGGGCUCUGUGCCAACGCUGCGGGCACGUGUUCCGAAAGGCACCACCACCACCACCCCCUCGCUGCCCUUGCCGCGGGGGGUACCGGCGAACGCCCGUUAAGUGGGAGCGCCGCACUCGCGCCCUUUUCCUGUGCAAUACGGAGCAGACCUGUGUAAGAGAUGGAGAGAGGCGCGCCGCCAGCCCCUUCCAAAUCGAGCCCCAGAAACGAAUCGCUGUCGCCCGUCCGCGUCUCCCGCAAAGUGCCCGAGUUGACACCUUUGGCUGCGAUGAGGCUGCAGCUCAUUUGACUCGCUCAGUUUCGGGAGGUGGUGGGUUUCAACGUAAGUGCAGGGCGUGCCGCGCGUUCCGCUGAUUGGAAAGCCCUCGCCGGCGCCAAAUUGAAAUUGAAAACGAAGCGAGCGCACGCAUGCACGGGCGGUGGAAUUGGGUGGCGGUUAAGUGUACUCCUGUGUGGGCUUUUGGCGGUUGUGCCGCGUUUCUUAGGCGAGUUCGACCAAGUGUUGUUCCUCACGGUGUUCCGACGGUUUUUUUAUUAACCGAAAUGAAGAAGCGGCCCCUGGCAGGUGAAGCAAAACGUCGGACGCUUCGCGCGGUACAAACCGAAAUCGCAUCCGAGAGCUAAACUGCACGCCCGCGAAAGCCUACGCAGUUGUUUGUGAACUUGGAUCUGUCCGUCGUGCUUGCAGCAGGGGGCGUUGCGCCGUUACAAUGUCGUCCCCAUCCACGCCAUCCCCGCCGUGGGCAGGGAGGUCCACAGGUAGGAAGCACAGUCGAGGCUUGAUCCUACAUAAGGUGUACAUAGUUUAAUUUAUAUCUGCUGACAACGAUGUUAAAAAAACCCGAGGCACGCUUACGGCUGGACGGUCCAGCUUGCCCGCGUAGCCGCGGGCUUCGCGUGGCCUCGCUGAGCUUUGCUGUCUGUUGCGCAAGGCGCAUUGUGUUUUUGGGCAAACGGAUCUGUUGUGCAGACGAGUUUAUUUUCUUUGGUGUUUGGGAAUUCUGGGGUUCCUGAGCGACACUUUGCGGGGAAUUCUAAGUUUCCCACAGAAUGAUGCGUUUUGUUAUUUUGCUUUUCCACGUUUUUUUUGUCUUGCUUCAUUAUUUUUACGUCUCAAAGUGAAACUUUUGUCACAGCUGAGAGUUACUAAUGUUUGGUGUCGCGUAUAAAGGUAUCAUUUCUGAGUUAAUCACUGUGUGCUGUGUGCACGGGAGAAACCUUGACAACCCUCCUCGUGUUACGCCCUUACUGCAGACGAUUAGGUUACUGCCUCAUGUGAAUUACUUUAAAUUUAACUAUGACAAAUGGAAACACUGCACCAUGUGUACCACGACAAAAUAAGCAGAAAAUCUCCAUGCACAAAUAGCCAAUGGGCGGUGUGUCGUCUCCAUUUGGCUGCCGUGAAUCCAUGCCACAAGGACCAAUCUAAAAUUUGGCUAUGAUUGAAUUACAAUAGGGGCAUUCCACUGUGUUAUGAUGCUCAUAGGAGUUACAUCUAACAACGUCUUCUUCAUAUUACUCAUUAAGAAUGUUUAAUAAUCAUGCACACUCACCGACGAAUAUCUGCUGUAAUAAGUCGGGGGUCGAGUGGUGCAGUGGCUCGCGUGCUUACGCGAUGGACCUGGCUACCUGCCAUGGCUCUCAUCAGUGGCAUAUGACAUUCAGGACCCCCACGACACACUCGUCAAUAACACUGUGGCCUUAAAAUAAAUAUUAUAUACAUAACUGCCAACGUUUCGGUAACGAGACGUGGCCAGUGUUAAAAUAUUUUUUUUUAAAAAUCUUUAUUUUUACCAUGUGAGGCCCACUGAGCUAUACAGCUCUUUUUCAGAAGCGACCUCGCCACAAACGAAGUGGCUUAUGUUCAAAUUUAGAGCAGCCAAAUGCUCUUCAGCGCAUGUUUCUAAAUGUGGAGGGGGUAUACCUGAAGGACAAAUCCACCCGGCAACGGUGAGAACAUGCAAACUCUAAAUAUACAGCAGGGGUCAGAAUCACGACCUCAGGGCGAGGCAGUUAACAUCUCGCCACUGCGGCCGGGUCCCAGUGUUGUUGACGAGCGCGUCGAGAGUUUUUGUUAGUUGUGCUUGCGUGCCACUGCGUGGUUAUACAAACCCCCAUGGACAGACACCAUGUGAGGCUUCACCCAGCGGUGGACAAAGGACUUAACGUUUGUCGAUUAAGGAACACUUCACCGGACCGUGUAAUUUAAAAAAAUUGCAAUAAAAGUUAGUUGUAUUAAAUGCGCAGGUCUCACAGCGGGGAAAACCCGGGAUAAAGGUUUAUUACAGCCUCAAGGUACGUCUGAACAACUCUGAACUUAGUUUAAACGAGCUGAAAUUAUUCCGAAAUUAUUAUUAUUAUCAUAGCCCGAAACGAAGAGCGUCACGAGGUACGCACAACUUGGAAAAACGAACGUAAAUCCGGGCACUGUCGCGGGAAAAGGGGACAGGUCUGACCCGUAAUGCAGUUGGGAGUUGCCCCAGCGCCGUUCAUUCCGGUUAGCACGGUUGGCUACGCACAGUGCGAAAUAAGUUUCGGCGUACGUGUGCGCCCGCCCGCCCGCCCGUCCAUCCAUCCAUCCAUCACCAGCACGGUGACACAUUGACAAUGAAGGGGAGCACGAGAGGAAAACGUUGCAUUUCGUCCGGGGUUGGCCGGAAAACGCGCGCGGGCGCUGUCGUGUUUGCGUCGCGAUUGCGCACGCCUGGCACGCGUCUCGCUGUUAGUGCCACACUUGACUUCCAGAGCGAAGUUGCAUUAUUUAUAUCCCCCCCCUCCCUCCCCCUGCCACUUAAGGCUGUCAAGCAAAGAGAAUUUCGCAAAUAGAUUGCCGCGAUAAAUCAACUUGGUAUUGUAACUUCUCAACGGGUUUGCUUUUAUUCCCACCCCUGUUUAAUUUGAUGCGCCCUUUGGCAACGCGGCAGGAGGUAAAUCUCUUCAUUACUUUAUUCCAUUUCACCUGUGCGUGGGUGCUACCGCUGUUCGCUGUACAUUUUUUUUUAAUAUCCCCUAAGAGGACGUACAGUAGAUGUGCAUGCGCCCAGGUGUUGUGCCGUCAAUGCCACCAUCAGUGUCGUGGCAAAAAAAAAAAAUUGUGAUUCCGUGUGCCAUGACUCCUGCUAGGUACGUCUGCGCGUCCCUGUCACGAUGACACUUUAUUUAACACCGGUUUUGCGUCUCUCCCUUAACCCCACGAUGCCCACCACUGCCAUCACCGCCGCCAUCACAUCAUCGUCGCUGCCACCACCACCACCUCUCCUCAGCCAAGACGCACGGUCUCUGCAGAGCAUUCCAAUCGUGUCCGUGCCGAUCGGUCCAUUUAAAACGCCGGUCAAUUUCAGUUCUCGAUUUGAUCGUGUGAAAUACGGAAAAGUUUAAAAUAAUGUAAAAGUGCAAUUCUUUGACAAUCCUUUGCGGUCGUUAUUCCUACAGUUGUACAACCAUUCGAUUUAAUUUUUUAAACAAAGUAUAUCUAUAUACACUGUAAUGUAUGUAUGGAACAUGCAGCGUCGUGUUGUUUAUAAAUGGUGGUAUCACAACAUC